AUGGCUGACACUGGACGUCAAUCUAUGACCGACAAGGCUGCUUCUUCUGUGAAGCCCGACUCUCAGAAGUCGAUGACCGAGCAGGCUGGUGACAAGAUGAAAGGAAUGUCCGAUUCUGUCGCUUCUACUCUCCAACCGCAGAGCGAGAAAUCCACCACCCAGAAGGCCGGUGACACCAUGAGCGAAAACUCCAACGAAGGGCAGGAGUCUUUGAUGGAGAAGGCUAAGCACGCCACGGGCAUGGGUGAUUCGGAGACGAAGUAG